AUGGCCCUGGUCCUGUGGGUCUUCAGGCUGCUGGGCUCAGCCUGCUUGGUGUCAGCCAACAUUUUUGAAUACCAGGUGGAUGCCCAGCCCCUUCGUCCCUGCGAGCUGCGGAGGGAGCAGGCCUUUCUGCAGCAGGCAGACUACAUCCCGCAGUGCUCGGAAGAUGGCAGCUUCCAGAAUGUCCAGUGCCAAAAUGAUGGCCGAUCCUGCUGGUGCGUGGGUGCCGAUGGCAGGGAAGUGGCGGGCAGCAGGCAGCAGGGAAGGCCGGUGGCUUGUCUGUCCUUCUGCCAGCUGCACAAACAGCAGAUCUUACUGAGUGGCUACAUUAACAGCACGGCCACCACCUACCUUCCUCAGUGCCAGGAUUCUGGGGACUACGCAGCUGUGCAGUGUGACCUGUGGCAAGGGCAGUGCUGGUGUGUGGACACGGAGGGGAUGGAGGUGUACGGCACCCGCCAGCAGGGGCGGCCCACGCAGUGUCCAAGGAGCUGUGAGAUAAGAAACCGUCGUCUUCUCCACGGGGUGGGAGACAAGUCACCGCCCCAGUGCUCUGCAGAUGGAGAGUUUAUGCCUGUCCAGUGCAAAUUCGUGAACACCACGGACAUGAUGAUUUUUGAUCUGAUCCAUAGCUACAACAGGUUUUCAGAUGCCUUUGCGACCUUCAGUUCCUUCCAUAGCAAGUUCCCUGAAGUAUCUGGGUACUGUUAUUGUGCUGAUAGCCAAGGGCGAGAGCUGGCGGAAACAGGUGUGGAGCUGUUACUGGAUGAAAUCUAUGACACUAUCUUUGCUGACCUGGAUUUGGCAUCCACCUUCAGUGAAAGCACCCUGUACCGGAUAUUGAAGAGAAGGUUCCUAGCAAUCCAGUUAGUUAUCUCUGGCAGAUUCCGAUGUCCUACAAAAUGUGAAGUAGAGCAGUUUGCAGCCAACAGAUUCCAUCACCCCUAUAUUCCAAGAUGCCACAGAAAUGGGGACUACCAGCCAGUACAGUGCCAGACAGAUGGGCUAUGCUGGUGCGUAGACAGCCAGGGGACUGAGAUCCCAGGGACUCAGCAGCAAGGGCAGCUACCAUCUUGCGCUGAAGACCAGGCAUGUACCUCAGAAAGGAGGCAGGCCUUAUCCAGACUCUAUUUCGGAACCUCAGGCUACUUCAGCCAGCAUGAUUUGUUCUCUGCUCCUGAGAAAACCUGGGUCUCCCAAAGAGGAGACAGACCUGCCUCAUUCUGCCUACCCAGAAUCAAAGAGUUCUUUGUCAACUCUGGACUUCUCCAUUCCCUGGUGUCAGGACAGGGUCCACAGUUAUCCACAUUAGGAAGUCUGCUAAAAGAAGCCAUCAAGGCAAUUUUGCCCUCCAGAGAGCUGGCUCGCCUGGCCCUUCAGUUUACCACCAACCCCAAGAGACUCCAGCAAAACCUCUUUGGAGGAACAUUCCUGGUGAACGUUGGUCAGUUUAACUUGUCCAGAGCCCUUGGCACAAGAGGCACUUUUAAUUUCAGUCAGUUUUUUCAGCAACUUGGUCUUCCUGGCUUCCAGAAUGGAGGAGGACCAGUAGAUCUAGCUAAGCUACUCUCUGGGGGAUUGGAUUCAAAUUCUGCCACAGAAACUAUCAGCGCCUCUGGAGCGGUUGUUAAGAAUAAGACAGUUGUGGGAAGCUUUGGAUUUGAAGUCAAUUUACAAGAGAAUCAAAAUGCCUUAAAAUUCCUUGUUUCUCUCCUGGAGCUUCCAGAAUUCCUUCUCUUCUUGCAACAAGCUAUUGCUGUGCCGGAAGAGGUAGCAGGGGAUCUGGGUGAUGUGAUGGAAAUGGUGCUCAGCUCUCAGGCCUGUGGGGAGACACCUGGAAGGCUUUUUGUCCCCUCAUGUACCACUGACGGCAGCUAUGAGGAUGUCCAGUGCUUCGCUGGAGAGUGCUGGUGUGUGGAUUCUCAAGGGAAAGAAGUCUCUGGCUCAAGAGUCAGAGGGGGGCGCCCAAGGUGCCCCACACGAUGUGAGAAGCUAAGGGCUCGCAUGCGAAGCCUCACGAGCAGACAGCCUGCUGGCUCCAGCUUGCUCAUCCCUUCCUGUUCUAACGAGGGAUAUUUCCUACCUGUCCAGUGCUUCAACUCAGACUGCUACUGUGUCGACACGGAGGGUCAGGCUAUUCCUGGAACUCAGAGUGCAAUUGGUGAACUCAAGCAAUGUCCUACUCGCUGUCAAUUGCAGGCCGAGCAAGCUUUCCUGGGAACCUUGAGGGCCUUGCUCUCUAACUCCAGUGUGGCACCCACCCUCUCCGACAUCUACAUCCCACAAUGCAGCGCGACAGGGCAGUGGAGGCGGGUGCAAUGUGACGGGCCCCCUGAGCAGGUCUUCGAGUGGUAUGAAAGAUGGGAGGCUCAGAACAGAGAUGGCCAGGAGCUGGCCCCCGCCGAGCUGCUGAUGAGAAUCGUGAACUCUAAAGAAGAAACAUCGAGAAACUUCCGUCUCUUUGUUCAAAGACUCUAUGAGGCUGGCCAACAAGGUGUCUUCCCAGGGCUGGCUCAGUAUCCUUUCUUCCAAGAUGUCCCGCUGUCAGUAUUUGAGGGGACCCCGACUCAGCCUGGAGGGAGCAUCCUCCUGGAGCCCUACCUCUUUUGGAAGAUCCUAAAUGGCCAGCUCAGCAGGUACCCAGGGCCUCUCUCAGACUUCAGCGCACCUUUGGCCCACGUUGACCUCAGGAGCUGCUGGUGUGUGGAUGAGGCUGGUCAGGAACUGGAAGGAACUCGGGCUGAGCCAAGCAAAGUCCCAACAUGCCCUGGCUCUUGUGAGGAAGUGAAGUUAAGUGUCCUGCAGUUCAUUAAGGAAUCAGAAGACAUCUCAGCUCGCAACACUUCAUUCCCGCUGGCAGAGAGUUUCCUAGUAGCCAAGGGAAUCCGAUUGCGCAGUGAGGAGCUCGGUCUUCCUCCAUUCCCCCCAUCCCGGGAAGCUUUCUCUGAAACAUUUUUUCGAGGGGGCGAUUACACCAUUCGUUUGGCGGCCCAGUCCACCUUGAACUUCUACGGGAGCCAACGCUCUUCCCCGCGCAAUUCGGCUGCAGCCGCUGUCCCUCUGCGGUCAGGCCCCUACGUGCCCCAGUGUGACGCGUUCGGGAGCUGGCAGCCCGUGCAGUGCCAUGCUGGGACUGGGCACUGCUGGUGUGUAGAUGGGAAGGGAGAGUUCAGCCCUGCCUCACUGACUGCCCGUUCUUCACAGAUGCCCUUAUGCCCCAGUCCCUGUGAACAGUCUCGAGCCAAUGCACUGCUUUCUGGUUGGAAACACGUGGGGGUCCAAGGAAACCCAUCUCCAGAAGACCUGUUCACCCCAACCUGCUUAGAGACAGGAGAGUAUGCCAGGAUGCAGGCAUCAGGGUCGGGGACCUGGUGUGUGGACCCCGCCUCAGGAGAAGCAAUGCCACCCAGCACAAGCAGAGGUGCCCAAUGCCCAGGCCUCUGUGACAUUCUCAGGAGUAGAGCCCUGUCCAGGAAAAUUGGCCCUGGCUUCAUCCCCGCCUGUGAGGCUAAGGAUGGAGGCUUCACACCAGUGCAGUGCAACCCGUCCCAGAGCAGCUGCUGGUGCGUCCUGGGCAAUGGAGAGGAAGUGCCCGGGACUCGCGUGGUGGGCAGCCAGCCCUCCUGUGAGAGUCCACAGUGCCCGCUGCCCUUCUCCCUGUCCACUGUGGCUGGUGGCGUGGUUCUCUGCGACACGGCCUCAGGUCCAGCAGGGGCCACUGUCCAGCAGUGCCAGCUGCUCUGCCGCCAGGGCUACCAGAAUGCCUUCCCACCGAGGAUGCUGGCGUGCAACGUGGAGAGUCGACGCUGGGCACCCGAGCCCCCCCACCCCCGGGCCUGCCAGAGGCCCCAGCUGUGGCAGACCAUCCAGACCCAAGCGCACUUCCAGCUCCAGCUGCCUCAGGGCAAGAUGUGCAGCGCAGACUACUCCGGCCUGCUGCAGGCUUUCCAAGUCUUCCUACUGGAUGAGCUCACCGCCCGUGGCUUCUGUCAGAUCCAGGUGAAGACAUUCGGGUCCCUGGUUUCCAUUCCUGUCUGCAGCAAUUCCUCGGUACGGGUGGAGUGCCUGGCUGCAGAACGUUUGGGGGUGAAUGUCACAUGGAAGUCACGGCUUGAGGACCUCCCGGCGGCCUCCCUUCCGGAUAUGUAUGACAUUGAGAAGGCCUUGGUGGGCCAGGACCUCCUGGCACGCUUUGCAGAUCUGAUCCAAAGCGGUGGGUUCCAGCUCCAUCUGGACGCCAAGACGUUCCAGGCAGAGGCCACGCUCCGUUUCAUCCAAGGGGACAGCUACAGCGCUGCUCCCAGCACACAGUUUGGGUGCUUGGAAGGAUUCUACCGUGUGCCAACCAUGAGUGAAGCCAGUCAGGACACACUGGGGUGCGUUAAGUGCCCUGAAGGCAGCUAUUCUCAGGAUGGGCAAUGCAUUCCCUGUCCUGUUGGGUUUUACCAAGAACAAGCUGGCGGUGCGGCGUGCGUUGCGUGUCCCGCGGGCAGAACAACUGUGAGCACCGGAGCAUUCAGCCAGAUGCACUGUGUCACUGACUGUCAGAAGAAUGAGGAGGGCCUGCAGUGUGACGAGGAUGGCCAGUACCAAGCCAGCCAGAGGGACAGGGGUAGUGGAGUGUCCUUCUGCGUGGAUGGCCAAGGGCAGAGGCUGUUGUGGUCUCAGACAGAGGCCCCACUCUCUGAUACUCAGUGUCUAAUGAUGCAGAAAUUCGAGAAGGCCCCAACAUGGAAGGUACUCUUCAGUGCUGAUGCUCCCGCCAUGGUCAAAUCUACAGUCCCUAUUUCUGAAUCCCCACUGCUACAGUGCUUGGCAGAGUGUGCAGCGGACGAGGCCUGCGGCUUCCUCGCCGUGUCCACGGUGGGGUCAGAAGUCUCAUGUGAUUUCUAUGCUUGGACGAGUGACAACUUCGUCUGCACGACUACUGGGCAGGAACAAAAUUCUUCGGGGAGCUUGCAGGCUGCCAGCUUCGGAAGUCUCAUGUGCCAGGUGAAAGUGAAGAACGGUGAUCCAGACUCUCUGGCUGUGUAUUUGAAGAAGGGCCAAGACUCACUGACAACAGGCCAGAAACGCUUUGAACCAACUGGUUUCCAAAACACACUCUCUGGGUUGUACAACUCCCUGGAGUUCUCUAGCGCCAACCUGACGGAUGUGCACCUCUUCUGUCUGCUGGCCUGUGACCGUGACCCCUGCUGUGACGGUUUUGUACUCACACAGGACAAAAGAGGGCCCACCACUUGUGGACUGCUGAGCUCCCCCGAUGUCCUGCUUUGCCAUGUCAACGACUGGAGGGAUGCCUCUGAUGCCGAGACCAGUGCCGCGUGUCCCGGGGGGCCGUACGACCAGGGGAGCCGCCAGGUGACACUGCGUGUGGGAGGCCCGGAGCUCACGAAGGAUUCUGACAUGGGGUCUCGGCCCGAGUCUAUGGGAUGCAGAAGAGACAUGGUACCAAGAGAGGAAUCUCCAACAGAAACAGGCUCGAUGGCCGAUCUUUUCUCGCCUGUGGACCUCACCCAGAUCAUCAUCAGUGCGAAUCGAUCCCUGCCCAGCCAACAGCACUGGCUUUUCAAACGUGUAUUUUCAGCCCAGCAGGCAAACCUGUGGUGCCUUUCUCGGUGCAUCCAGGAGUCCACAUUCUGUCAGCUGGCUGAGAUAACAGAGAGUGGCCCCUUGUACUUCACCUGCUCCCUCUACCCCGAGGCCCAGGUGUGUGAUGAUGUCUUGGAGUCCAGCUCCAAGGGCUGUAGCCUGAUCCUGCCCCAGCAGCCAAGUGCUCUCUUCCGGAAGAAAGUUAUACUGAAGGAGAGAGUGAAGAGCUUUUACACUCGUCUGCCGUUCCAAAGGUUGAGGGGUAUUUCUAUUAGGAACAAAGUACCCAUGUUUGAGAAACCCAUUUCCAAUGGGUUCUUCGAAUGUGAGCGGCUGUGUGACGCAGACCCAUGCUGCACCGGCUUUGGCUUCCUCAACGUUUCCCAGUCCCAAGGAGGAGAGGUGAUGUGUCUGACCCUGAACAGCAUGGGGAUUCAGACGUGCAGUGAGGAAAAUGGGGCAAGCCGGAGAAUUUUGGACUGUGGCUCCCUGGACAUUGAGGUCCGCACGUAUCCCUUCGGAUGGUACCAGAAGCCUGUUGCUUCAGGUGAUGCGCCCAGCUUCUGCCCUUCGGUGGCUCUGCCUUCCUUCACCGAGAACGUCACUCUGGACGGGUGGCAGUCCCUGGCUCUGUCCGUGGCAGUUGUCGAUCCUUCCAUCCAGGACUUUGACGUUGCUCAUAUCAGCACUACUGCCACCAGCAACUUCUCUGCAGCCCGUGACUUCUGCUUGUGGGAAUGUUCCCGUCACCAGGCUUGCCUGGUCACCACUCUGCAGACCCGACCUGGAGCUGUAAGGUGUGUGUUCUACGCGGACACCCACAGCUGCACACACAGCAUGCAAGGCCAGAAAUGCCGGCUUCUGCUCCGUGAAGAGGCUGCCUACAUCUACCGGAAACCCGGUGUCCCCGCACCCCGCUUCUCCGCAGCACCCGCACCUUCUGUGACCAUCGCUCCCCACGGCCAGCUGCUCGGCAGGUCCCGGGCCAUCCAGGCCGGCCCUUCCUGGAAACAAGUGGACCAGUUCCUCGGGGUUCCCUAUGCCUCCCCACCCCUGGCAGAGAGCCGCUUCCGGGCGCCGGCGCCUUCGAACUGGACAGGCUCCUGGGAUGCCACCAAGCCGAGGGCCGGCUGCUGGCAGCCCGGUGCCCGGACACCCACGCCUCCGGGAAUCAGCGAGGACUGCCUGUAUCUCAACGUCUUUGUCCCCGAGAGCAUGGUCCCCAAUGCAUCAGUGUUGGUGUUCUUCCACAAUUCCAUGGAGGUGGAAGGCAGUGACAGACAGCGGAACAUUGAUGGCUCCUUCCUGGCUGCGACUGGCAACCUCAUUGUCAUCAUUGCCAACUACCGAGUGGGAAUCUUCGGCUUCCUGAGUUCUGGCUCCAGGGAGGCAACUGGCAACUGGGGGCUGCUGGACCAGGUGGCAGCCCUGAACUGGGUGCAGACUCACAUCGGAGCAUUCGGGGGGGACCCUCGGCGGGUGACCUUGGCGGCAGACCGGGGUGGAGCUGACGUAGCCAGCAUCCACCUUCUCACGACCAGGGCCACCAGCCCCAGGCUCUUCCGGAGGGCUCUUCUGAUGGGAGGCUCCGCCCUCUCCCCGGCCGCCAUCAUCAGCCUUCAAAGGGCUCAACAACAGGCAGAGGCCUUGGCCCAGGACGUCGGCUGCCCGUCCUCAUCCAGCAAGGAAAUGGUGGCCUGUCUCCGCCAGAAGCCAGCCAGCAUCCUCAACGAUGCCCAGACCAAGCUCCUGGCCGUGAGUGGCCCAUUUCACUACUGGGGUCCAGUGGUUGACGGCCAGUACCUCCUUGAAGGGCCGGCCAGAGCGCUGCGGAGGCCUCCGCGGGCCAAGGUGGACCUGCUCAUCGGGAGUUCUCAGGAUGACGGACUCAUCAACCGGGCCAAGGCUGUGAAGCGAUUUGAGGAGCGCCAGGGCCGGACAAACAGCAAAACGGCCUUUUACCAGGCGCUGCAGAACUCGCUGGGCGGUGAGGACGCGGAUGCCCGUGUCCUGGCGGCCGCCACCUGGUACUACUCCCUGGAACACAGCGCGGAUGACUACGCCUCCUUCUCCCGGGCACUGGAGAACGCCACCCGGGACUACUUCAUCACCUGCCCCAUCAUCGACAUGGCCAGACUCUGGGCAAGAAGCACCCGCGGAAACGUCUUCAUGUACCACGUUCCCGAAAGCUAUGGCCACAGCAGCCUGGAAUUGCUGGCAGAUGUUCAAUAUGCCUUCGGAUUGCCUUUCUACCCAGCCUACGAGGGGCAGUUCUCUCUGGAAGAGAAAAGCCUAUCGCUGAAAAUCAUGCAGUACUUCUCUAACUUCAUCAGAUCUGGAAAUCCAAACUACCCCCACGAGUUCUCACGGAAAGCAUCCGAGUUUGCCACCCCCUGGCCUAACUUCAUCCCCCGAGCUGGCGGAGAGAGCUACAAGGAGUUCAGUGCUCUGCUUCCCAACGGACAGGGCCUGAAGCAAGCGGACUGCUCCUUCUGGUCCAAGUACAUCCGGGCUUUGAAGGCAGCAGAUGGAACUAAGGAUACAAAGUCAGUUGGUGGUGAAGAAGAAGACUUGGUGGUGGGGCCUGAGCCUACAGAAGACCCCCUGGACUCCCUGGAGCCAGGCCCCAAGAGCUACAGCAAGUGACCAGCUCUGAGACGCCCACUUGCCCUGCCAGCCCCUCCCCAGACGCCCACGUGGUA